UUUUCUUGAUAAUUCGUGGACAGAAAAUACCGAUUUUGGCCGAAUAUAGUGCGCGUUUCAUUUCAAGAAAUCGAGGCAGUGCCGUCGGGUGAUCACGGAUAUAGUAUAUAUAAGAUAAAUAAAUCGGAAGAGAACUGGCGACGCUCGGCCCAUACGGCGAGCGGCGUGAAAUUAUUUUGGUGUUCCCACUAAUUUUGUUUUUUGUUUGUCUUUUGUUUUGUCAAAAACCACUUCGUGUGAUUUUGCAUUCUUAAAAAUUACAUUUAUUUUUGUUUUGGAAACUCGAUUUGUUCAGAUUUUAAUGCCUGACGUAUAAUUCAAUCCCGCAAGACUUCAAUAACAACGAAUUCUAAACCAGCCGCAGAAGCGGUGUUAUUCGACUAACCUUAGGGAAACAAGAAUUCAAGAUGAACAAAUUUGCUGCCAAAAACAGUGGCCGAAGCUCGUAUCGUGCCUACAACCAUGACGUGUGCAGCUCUCUGUCCAGACAACGGGAAUAUACCGAAAUGGCGGAGGGUAAUGGCGAGCUGUUAGAUGACAUUAAUCAGAAAGCCGAUGACCGUGGCGAUGGCGAACGUACAGAGGACUAUCCGAAGCUCUUGGAGUACGGUCUGGACAAGAAGGUCGCUGGCAAAUUGGAUGAAAUUUACAAAACCGGAAAACUCGCUCACGCCGAGCUGGAUGAGCGCGCCCUGGACGCGCUCAAGGAGUUUCCCGUCGAAGGUGCCUUGAAUGUGCUGGGUCAGUUCCUCGAAUCGAACCUGGAGCAUGUGUCGAAUAAGUCCGCCUACCUGUGUGGCGUGAUGAAGACAUACCGCCAAAAGAGUCGGGCUAGCCAACAGGGCGUGCCCGCGCCCGCCACUGCCGUACAGGUGAAAGGUCCCGAUGAGGACAAGAUCAAGAAGAUUCUCGAGCGCACCGGCUACACAUUAGACGUGACGACAGGUCAACGAAAAUAUGGCGGACCGCCACCGGACUGGGAGGGCAACGUGCCCGGCAAUGGAUGCGAGGUGUUCUGCGGCAAGAUACCCAAGGACAUGUACGAGGAUGAGCUCAUACCGCUAUUCGAGAACUGCGGCACAAUCUGGGACCUACGCCUUAUGAUGGACCCGAUGACAGGCACAAAUCGUGGUUAUGCAUUUGUCACAUUCACAAACCGCGAUGCGGCCGUCAAUGCAGUGCGCCAGCUCGAUAAUCACGAAAUAAAACCCGGCAAGUGUCUGAAAAUAAAUAUAAGCGUACCGAAUCUGCGCCUUUUCGUAGGCAAUAUACCCAAGUCAAAGGGCAAAGAUGAAAUUUUAGAGGAAUUUGGUAAACUUACAGCUGGCCUUUACGAGGUAAUCAUAUACAGUUCACCAGACGAUAAGAAAAAAAAUCGCGGCUUCUGCUUUCUCGAAUACGAGUCACACAAGGCGGCAUCUUUGGCCAAACGAAGACUUGGCACUGGUAGAAUUAAGGUAUGGGGAUGUGAUAUAAUAGUCGACUGGGCCGAUCCACAGGAGGAGCCAGAUGAGCAAACUAUGUCUAAGGUUAAAGUUCUUUAUGUGCGAAAUCUAACCCAGGACGUCACAGAGGAAAAACUAAAGGAACAAUUUGAGCAAUAUGGCAAAGUAGAACGCGUUAAGAAAAUUAAAGACUAUGCCUUUAUACACUUUGAGGAUCGUGAUAGCGCCGUCGAAGCUAUGCGUGGCCUUAAUGGCAAGGAGAUCGGCGCCUCGAAUAUCGAGGUCUCACUCGCCAAACCGCCUUCAGACAAAAAGAAAAAGGAGGAAAUUCUGCGCGCCCGUGAACGUCGCAUGAUGCAAAUGAUGCAGGCACGUCCCGGCCUUGUGGGAUUUGAAACAUUGUCUCCAUACAGAAAUCUGUCGCCGACACAUCCCAGCAUGAUGUCCUUGACGCCCAUGCGCCUGCCAGGUGCGCGCAUGCCGCUCCGUACGCCGAUACCUCGCGAAUACGAGGUCGAUUACGACUAUUUUGGGUACCCGGAAUACCGUCCUGGCCUGGCCACCAACGAAAUGUAUAUCGACGAUAUCUACCGCACCUACGAAGGUGAUUUCCAUUACUAUAACUUUCCAAAUGCCACCAACGAUGGCAGCAGCGUCGGCGGCGGCGGCGGCGGCGGCACCAGUCUCGGCAGCGGAGUCGGAGUCGGAGGCGGAUCCGGAAUGGCUGGGGCCACCUCAAGUGCCGUACAGCAUUCGUCGAGAGCCCAAGCAAAUGGCUCGAACUCGUCGGCCGUUAUGGGGGCUGGUCGUGGGCAUGGAACCACAGUGCAGCGUGGCAAAGCCGUUGGCCGGCGUGGCAGCAUCAGUCGUCAGGGGGCCCAAACAGUGCCACAGGCGGCGGGACAGGCAGCGGCGGCGGCGGCGGUGGGACAGGCGGCGGCGGUAGCUCAGCGGGGGGCCACCGGUCAGGGGGCGCCGGCAGCAACCGGGGGGGUCCGUGGGGUGGCACAAACGCGUCACAACGCUCGUGGCACCCAGCACGUCAAGCCGCUACAAAAUUUACCAGUAGUCGGUAAACGUAAGUUCGAUGGAGGUCACCAAAAUCCGGCAGAUGUUAAGCGACGUUACCCGAGCGGUUUAAUAGGAAAUGGCGGCAGUUGGGGCAGUUUACCGCUACCACAGCAACCUUUAGGCACAAAUGGUGAACAGUGGUACAUGGAUACGUUUUCGGCAUGGAGUUAGAACAAUACAACAACAACAACAACAACAGCAACAACAACAACAACAACAGCAACCCUAUAUAUGAUAUCAGUUAUAAAGCAGCCACACAACAUGGAAGUUACAGCCCCAGCAACAUCCAAUAAUAAUAAUAAUAAUAAUAAUAAUUUCACUCGUCGAUGUCCUGGAGAAGAUCUAGAUCCAAGUAACAAAACUCUUAAAAGCAAUAAAUUCCCUUUAAAAGAAUUGUAUAAACCAUAAGAACCUACAGCUAGCGAAAAUUCUGAGAGAUCCUUAACUUGCUUUAGAUAUAAACGCAUUCAUUUCGGAACCAAACCGAUUUCCGUUCUGUUCAUUUGAUUCAUUCGAAAUAGCUUUAACAACAAACAAACAACAAGUAUCAGAGUCGGAAUCGGUAUCGGUAUCGGUAUCGGAAGCAGCAACAAAUCAGUCAAGUAGAGUAUAUAUGUAUCUGUAUGUAUGUAUGUAUGCCAACACUUAUAUAGCCUUGUGCAGCAGCAGAAUUUUAAAAGAAAAAUUUCUUCAUUUAACCGAUUUCCUCCCCCCCCAAGAACCAUUUUAAAAAUCAGUAAAGAUCAAACCCGUAUAAACUCGUAGAUAAACAAAAUCGAAGUCGAAGUCGAAUCGUUUUAAAAGUUCACAGAAAAAGUAUAACGAAAACAAAUUAAGUCUCAUAGCGUUUUUAACUUGAAAUCGAAACAAUAAUUGAGCGCAUAUAGCAAAAAACAAAAAACAAAACAAAACAAAAACCGAAA